AUGACCCUUUAGCUUUUUGCUUUAGAGUUGGAUUCUUAAAAUGCUCUUGUAAGAUUCAGUUCCUUUUUAUCUUUAAUAGCAUUAGGAAUCUAUUUAUUUACUAUUUAUAUUAUUACUAGAAAAUGUGGAAGCCAUAAAUUCUCUAUUGAAGAAUAUUCAUAUAAACUAAAAUUCAUGUCACUUUUUGAAGGGAUAAAAAAUGAUAAUUAUACUAAAUAUUUUUAAGCCAUAAGUCUGAUCAAAAAGUUAUUAUUUAUGCUUAUUCUUAUAUUUUGUUAUCAGUAGCCUUAUUUUCAAGUGUUCAAUUUAGUUCUUCUGUCUAUUUUAGAGAUAAUAUGGUUAAUUCUUUUCAAACCACUAGAGGAUUUGAAUGAAUUUUUAAAAUAAAUUUCAUGUGAGAUUAAUAAAUCUAUUACACUAUUUUUUAUUUCAGCAUUAGUUUUAGAUUAAGAAGUAAAAAUCUUUAGUGAAAAUUCCCGAUCAAUUAUUGGAUGGAUAUGCAUAGGAAGUAUAAGUUUAAUUUUGGCUAUUUAAUUAAUAAUUGAUGCUAUAUUUAGUAAUGGAUAUUCUUAAUCAAAAAAUACAAAUAAUUCAGAAGACUUGUAGAGAAAUUCUAAAGAUUUUUGCGUCCUUAAAAAUCGCAUGCGGAUCAUUCAAUAUUUAUAUUAGAUAAGUGAUAUAUCUUUUAUAUUUGUUUGUUAAUUAAAAUGUGUUAUAAUAUUAAUAUUAUUAUUUUAGAUUAAGGUAUUACCAUAUGAAUAUUUAUCAUUAAAAUUUUUAAAUAAUAGAUGA